AUGGCGCCAAAGAACGAAGGCGAUGGGCUCAGUGCCUUUGAGCGGCGCCGUCUCGAGAAUAUCGCUGCGAACAAGGCGCUAUUGUCCGAAAUAUCCGUUACCGCCAAAAAAAUCAUACCCGACAAACCGCCAUCGAAGCCCUCGGCUCCGAGAAAGAGAGUCAAGACAGAACCAGUGGUCAGAGAGCCUCGUCGGGGCACGCGCAUGAGCUCCCGGCUUGCCGGUGUUGCUGCCGAUGAUGAGGUCUUGAAACGGAAGCUGGAGGUGGAGGCAGAACACCAGGCCGAACAAGUCAAGGCAAAGAGACUGCGAAUCGGCGACGACAUGAACCUGGGCGACAUCAUUGUGGACGGCAAAAAAUACACAAGCAGCAUGGACGGCCUCAAGGGCAUCUUUCGAGGUGCACAGCCGGGUGUACGGACCUUUGAGUACGACGCAAAGGAGGCCACAGAUGGUGACCUCAAAGAAUUACGACAGCGAAUGAAUGGCUUAAAGCUCUACGAGCAUUGGAUUCCCAACGACAUCAAAAUCACGCCCCAAAGAGUAUAUGCGCUGGGCUUCCAUCCAACAGAAGACAAGCCGAUUGUGUUUGCGGGCGAUAAAGAGGGUGCCAUGGGCGUUUUCGACGCUUCUCAAACUGCUCCUGAAGUGACCGAUGACGACGAGGACAUCCCGGAUCCCGUCAUCUCUGCAUUUAAAACACACGCAAGGACAAUUACAUCAUUUGGCUUUUCUCCAAUUGACACGAAUGCCGUCUUUUCGGCAUCAUAUGAUUCAUCAAUACGAAAACUGGAUUUGGAAAAGGGCGUUUCUAUACAAGUGUUCGCACCAGAAAACGCUUACGAAGACUUGCCGAUCUCGACUCUGGAGAUUCCAGCUGCCGAGCCCAACCUGCUUUAUUUCUCGACAUUAGAUGGGUCAGUGGGCCGUUAUGAUACCAGGGCACCGGGCAGCCAAGAGUUAUGGACCCUAUCUGAACAGAAAAUUGGAGGAUUUUCUAUGCACCCUCUACAUCCCUAUCUUCUGGCCACUGCAUCCCUUGAUAGAACCAUGAAGGUGUGGGACCUCCGGAAGAUGAGUGGGAAGGGUGAUUUGAGGCAUCCUACGUUGCUUGGUGAACACGAAUCCCGGCUAUCUGUUUCUCAUGCUUCAUGGAGUGCAGGUGGUCAUGUCGCAACGUCGUCGUAUGAUGAUACGAUCAAGAUCUACGACUUUUCAGAGGCCUCAAAGUGGAAACCUGGUCAGAAUAUCGAGGCGAAGACUAUGGAGCCCGUACACACGAUCAGGCACAACAAUCAGACGGGUAGAUGGGUUACCAUCCUGAAGCCGCAGUGGCAGAAGAACCCGGAAGACGGUAUCCAAAAAUUUGCUAUUGGAAACAUGAAUCGCUUCGUCGACGUAUAUGCUUCAGAUGGAAGUCAGUUGGCUCAACUAGGAGGAGACGGCAUUUCUGCUGUUCCAGCUGUGGCUCACUUCCAUCCAACCAUGGAUUGGGUGGCAGGAGGAACCGCAAGCGGCAAGUUGUGUCUAUGGCAGUAG